AUGUCUUUAGAGGACGACAAUGUGGCACCGUCAGCUCGCAUGUCCAUGGAUACCACUGUCAACAUCAAUGAUGAUGUGGCGAGCGAACCCUCUCAUGUACUGGACAAGAAGCAGGUGACGGAGUCGGUGUACUCGAACUUUCGUGGAUCAAUGGGCGAUGAUAGCAUAAUUCUGGCAUUCAAUAUCCUCAAGUUGGGGCUAGGCGAGGAGGAGAAGGAGCCCGAUGCAUUUCUGCCCUUGGGGCCCAAUUCGAUCUUCGAGCUCACGCUGGCCUCUGACAUUGCCCGGGUGAAACAAAACAAGCCUCUCAAGACGUACAUCACAGUGAAUGGCGGGGCCAAUACCGUCUACAACUUGACACAGCCGACGUCGAGGGAUAUCCCGCAGAUACAGCUACAGUCACUUAAGAAUAAGGUGUCCUCCAAGAGAUUGAGUCAAGAUCUUGUAAAGGGCUUGGCUUCGGAAUACAAGAGCUUCGAGCAAACGAAUAGAACCUUAACAGAGGAUGUUUUGAGCAAGUUAGCCGAUGGCACGGCUGACCAGGACAGGGGACAUGUUAAUGAGAGUAAUGACGAAAUUCCCGCUAUUUUUGAGAACCCCGAUUUCCACCUCGACGACCCAAGAACUUUCCGUCAAGUCAUGGAGAACUCACAAAUACUACCAGACCCAGACUCCAAUGACAAUAGUCACAUUGUCAAUAACACAGAAGUUCAGGAGAAGCUCUCCCAUUAUCUAGAUAGAGUUGAGGUUGAGCUAAUAAGCGAAAUUUCAAAAACGUCAGACUCCUUUUUCAGUACAUUGGGCGAGGUCCAGAGUAUCAAGGCAGACGGUCUUGAAUGCAUGGAGCAGUUUCGAGCUAUAAAAGAUAAACUUAGCAGCAUUGAAAUUGGACAAGCCAAACGCGGUCUCGAGAUAUUAGAUAUGCUUGACGAGCGACAAAAUUUGUGUCACUUGGAGUCAUCAGUGCUACAAAUUCAACAAGUUAUUAUCUUGUUCAAAAGGGCCGAAAAGUAUUUCGCAGAGGGCAACCACAGCAAGUGUCUCGAUAGCAUACUUAUCAUUGAACACUUGAUUGAGGGUACUAGUCGAGAAGAUUACCCAGACCCAGUAACUUACAAGGAUUACCCUAGGUUUGAAUAUCCGAUGGUGAGCUUACGUGGCAUCCCUGCACUCACACCUAUCAAAAACAAAUUAACCACGCUAAAAGAGCUUUGCAGCAGAGGUUACAUCGAGUCUUUCCUUGAUUUGCUUCUCGAGGACCUCAGGUCGCAUUACAAACUGGUUAGUCUGAGAGACACCAUGAACAGAAUCUACGUGUCCGUUUAUCGCGGGAAAUAUGAUACUGAACCAAAUACAUCAUACGCUAAAGUUUCUACAGAAACUAAAGAGCAGCUCACAACAUUCAUUCAAAGUCUACACAAAUCGAGUCACUUGAUCGAGGCUUUUGCAGAGUACCAAAAUAAAAUAAUUGCAGAGGUGAAAGCUAUUAUUAGGGCUCGUUUACCCCUGCUGAGCCGCCUCGACCCCGCGCAGCUAGAAGCUUCGUCAAAUCCAGACUCAAGAGACUCUUCUAUACCCCCGGACUCGAGUCAAAUGGGGGAGUCAACAUCCAUGGCCACCAAUUCACUCUUUAAUAAUAUAAAAGAGCUCUCGCAUGAUGAGUUUCUCGGCAUGAUGAAAGAAACAUUUUCCAAUCUUUCCGAAUGCUUGAGACGCCUCACUAUCCACCAGAAACUUCUACUUGAUUUGUCGUUGAGCUCAUUGACAGAGAACGAUACAUUUGAUGUAAUGUCUUUGGACAUCACUAAUUCUAUUAACAGAGCUAUAGAGCUUACCCAAGUUCGUUUAGCCAAGGUUUCUAAUGUUCGUCUGGAACAAUUAUGUGAAACUAGCAUCGAGGACUACUUGAAAUUUUACACAUAUGGCUCAGCUUAUUUGCUGGAGUGUGAAUUCAUCAAUCCUGGUUACAAUGCGACGGAACCUGGAAGCUCAUUGUAUAAGUGGAUAAAAAACCAUGUUGGACUUUAUUUGCAUCGCUUUCAUAAUAAUUCUAUAAAGCGCUUCGCUCACAACUGUGACAAGGAGAUAUGGAAGGAGUGUACUGAUGCCAAUGAAAUCGGCACACAUCAAAUCCUUCUCGAUGAAGUCUUAGAGUAUUGCAAAUAUCAUGAGACAGAAGGUAAAUCUGGGUCUAAUGGCAAAAAGUGGUCUGAUUUAUUGGUGUUUUAUGAGCAAGAUACCCACGACAAAGAAGUAGAGGAGAAAAGGGCCUUCGAAAAAGUGAAGUUCGAGAUCAACAAGCGCAACUAUUUGGUCCCGCCGCUAAUGCUAGAUGUUGUGGGGAGCAUUCGUGGAUACCUUGUUUUAUCCUCUAUUUUUUCGUCUAGAGCGCCAACUCUCAGGUCUUAUAUCCUUACUUAUUUCAGAGUUGUGAACUCGAGAACUUCACAAGCAAUCCUUGGUGCUGGAGCCACAAACAAGGAAAAAGCUGGUCUUAAACAUAUAACUACAAAGCAUAUUGCACUUUGCAUCCAAACAAUCGAGUUUGCUCAGGAUAUUCUUAGGUCUAUUCAGCACGUUUUCAGGGAGCAGGAAGUGGAAGUGAAUCAGGGGCAGCAGAAUGCCGAGGAACUUACUUUUGAGAAGAUGUUGAUCAAUUACCAAGAGCACGAAAGAGAAUUGUCUCAUAAGAUCGUGCAGCUCAUAAAAGACCGUACGAGCAGUCAUUUUCAUGCAAUUAAACAGAUUAAUUGGUCAGAGCCACUAAAGGCUGGUCAGCAAUGCCAUCCAUACAUGGAAGCUCUAUCAAAAGACACGAUAACGGUUUUCAAAAUUCUCUCAAAAUAUUUACGAGAGACGGAAUACUCUUCCAUAUUACUGCAAAUUUUUGAAAAUUACAAGAAAUUAUUAUUGAAUUGUUUUUGCACGGAGCUACCGCAAUUCAAGGACUUCAAUGAGAAGCACUCUUUGCUCAAAGACAUCGACUUUUUCAGAGUUAAAUUGGGUGAAAUUCCAGGUUACGGAAAUUCAGGCCAAGUCAUUUGGGAAAACGUGAAUGCAUUGCCUACCAUUGAAGAUGCAAGAAUGGAAGAAGUAAUGAAGAACAAUAUUGAGGGAGAAAGAGCAGCAGCUGCUAGAAGCUCUGCAGACAUAAAUGGAGUUGAAGAGAAGAAAGAGAACAACGAAAAGGAAUCACUCGCGUCGACACAGUCGAAGACCGACGACAAUGCUGAGCGACGUGCAAAGACUUCUAUCGAAGACCCCAGCAACGAGGGACAAGGAAGCAAAGUUGCAGAGGACGCCUCAAACUCAGGGGAUAAAGCUGAGCCAAAACAAGGCGAGGAAAAUAAUACUGAUUAUGCAGAGCGUGAGGAAACGAAGAAAGUGGCUAGUACCCCCUCAAUUCCAGAGGGCCACCAAGUCAAUGAGCAGGCAACAAUCAUCGCAGAGCCGGAAGAGGUCGUCGCAGAGAAACUCGACGAAGAUCCAACAGUCGGAGAUUCAGAAGAGAAAUCCGAGCAGGCGGAAGACGCCGCCACGGGUGAACCCUCCACUCCAACGAAAUUUAAUGGACCUCCAGCUCAGGAUGAGAGCUAG